AUGUCUUAUCCCAAAACAGAGUCUUGGAAGAAGGGUAGUGAUUGCUGCUCAUGGGAUGGGGUCGCCUAUGAUAAGGUGACAGGCCAUGUAAUUGGGUUGGACCUCGGUUGCAGCUGGCUCUUUGGCAUCAUCCAUUCCAAUAGUACCCUUUUCCUCUUUCCCCACCUGCGAAGGCUCAACCUUGCUUCCAAUGACUUCAAUGGGUUUUCUAUUUCAACUGGGUUUGGCCGCUUCUCAACUUUGACGCGUCUCAACCUCUCCUACUAUGUAUUUUCUGGAAAAAUUGCACCUGAAAUCUUCCACCUCUCCAACUUGUUUCACUUUAUCUAUUUGGGAAUUAUAGAGCAGAAUUUGCCCCGCAUGACUUCAAUUCUCUGUUGGGUGAAGACCACGGUCGGCUUCAACCAGGCCAACCUCUUCGAGGCCGACGUCCCAGACCUUAUCAAAGACGUCUCCACAGCUAGGUGGAGACCACCUUCGCCGUCAACCGGGAUCAAAGACGUCUUCACAGGUGGGUGGAGACCACCAUCGCCGUCAACUGGGCCAACCUCCUCCAAGCCGACGUCUUUGACCUCAUCAAAGAAGUCUCCCUCAAGGACCGCGAGCUCAGGAUUGUGGGCGAAGUCGGUGCCAAGAUCCGAGUCUUAG